AUGGGGUGGCAGGAACGUUUAUUAAAUAAAAAUUAUACUUAUGUUAAUAAGAAAAAAUGUUUAGAUCUGAAAGAAAAGGUAAAUUUAGCAGCACAAAUAAUUUUUGGGUAUGAUCAAUUGCGAGAAGGACAACUUGAAGCUGUAGAGUCAUAUUUAAGUGGUAAAGAUACAUUAGUAUCAUUGAAAACUGAAGGAGAAAAACCGUUUUGUUACGCAAUUUGUGCAUUGCUUUUCGAAGAAAUAACAAUAGUUAUCAGUCUGUUAAAGGCUUUAAUGGAAGAUCAAAAGCGGGUGUUGAUACAUUUUGGUAUACCUUGUGCGUUAAUUUACGCGAAUACUACACAAGGAAAAAUUGAACAAAGCAAGAUAUUUGAAGAAAUUGCUCUUGAGUUUAUAAAAGUAAUAUUUGUUACACCUGAAAAGCUUUGUUUAAAUAAGGAAUUGCAAUAUUUCAUUAACAAUAUGUAUAACAAAAAAAAGUACGUUUUGUGA